AUGGGCUCUUCAGAACAGCCUUCGAAUGAGAAUACAAAUGGCGGAAACGACGCCUCGACCGUCCUGAGCAUCAUUUUAGGAGGAGUCAUUCCAGGCUGUGCUGUCUUAACAGUAGUACUGAUCUUCCUGGUCUGGUUCAUGAGCGACUGCCUCGAUCCCACAAGGCCGACCGGCGAGGGCGACGAUAGCGAGACUCCACCGGAAUGUCCCAAGUACUCGGGUUCCCCUGGGAGAGAACAAGACCACGCGCCGCCUCCGUACGAAGCGGCGAGGAGUCAUCCUGGGUCGGCGACGGAGCGCUGGGGCGAUGACCGUACGGUCUGUGACGAGGGCGACGACAGCCCCUCGAAGCACCGUGGGACCGCACACCCAACCGCCUCGAGCUGGCCCCCAAGCUCGGACACGACUUGUCUGAACUCAAAGGCAUCUUCGUUACAAGAUGUGUCUGCUGCCUAA